AUGCACGUAGUGUUGCUGCUAGCUAUUUGUGGCAUCUCCGAUGCGUUCAGCUUAAAAGAUACUUGUGAAAUGUGCUACGGCUACGACUGCACAAGUAUAAAUGGAGCCAGAUGUGAGUAUUAUAGAGAAGCAAACGAAAUUCUAGAAGAAGAUGACGAAUAUGAAAAAGAAGAGAAUGAGUUAACCAACGAAGUGGAUAAUAUAUUAGGGGAAUACGUUGAUAUAGAUAAUAUAUGUAAUGGUUGUAAAAUGUGUAACUGUGAUAUCAGUGGAGUGUGGAGCUGCACAAAUAAAGAAAAAUGUCAUUCAGAGCCUUUACUUGUGAUAGAUCAUCGAAUGUUAGUUCUCGCUAUGGAAAACCUAAACGAAUUUAAGAAAUUCCAUUUACUUGGAACAGAAAAGUCCAUCAACAAUAUGAACAAUGGUAUAAAUAUAAACAGUCCUGUGGAUAUUGUUACAUGGAUGUAUGAUGUUAAAAAUUUAGAUUUAGAUCUGGAUGGUAGAAAUACAAUCGAAAAAGCUGCACUAAGAAAUAGUACUUCAGGUCUUGAAUAUGUAGAUAACGAUAGUGCGCUUCUCGAUUUCUUCAAACACCAAAAUUUAAAACCUAAACGUUCAGAAAAACGAAAUGCUAUAUUGGUAACUAAUGAAAGUUAUAUCAAUGCGAUAAUCGAUAAUCAUACUGCUAUAGACGAAGAUUUGCAUAACACAGUCAUUUUUCCAUUACUUAAUAUUGUGAAUGAAAAAGAAAAAGAGCUUAACAGAGUUAUAAGUAUUAAAGAUAAUCUUUUAAGCUAUUUGAAAUCUCAUACAAAUAUAACUUUGAAAAAUAUUACAACUACUUCUAAGAAUGUAGAAAAUUCUUCUCUUUACCUGUAUCAAUUUGAUGUAUCACCAGCAAUUUUGAAUAAUUUUAGAAGACUCAAUCCGAAUAGGUUAGAAGACUAUUUAAAAAAAUUAAAAAGAGAUAUCUACGAAGUAAUGCGAGAUAUAGCAAGAAUUCAGAGACUCUCAAAUUCAUCAAAAAUGCCCCAAGAUUUGAAAAUGUUGAUAAAAGCAAUGAGAAAUUAUGUAAAUAAAGAGAACAAACGAAAAAAGAUCAAGCAAUCUGAAAUAAUAAUCAACUUACGAAGAAAGCUCGACAAGGACAAAAAUGAUGAGAAUGAAUAUCCUAUAAACACAAUUAAUAAUAUACUAGAAGUGUUAGACAGAGAUAUGCCAACUGCUGAUGCUUUAGCACCUCUGUCUCAACACUGUAGAAAAAUUUUAAAAAGAAUCGUUAAGCAUUUCGCUAUAGAAGAUCCAGUUAGCAUGAUAUCAGAAGUAUUCUAUCCUGAAAAUAAUGUGGAAAAUUAUUUAAACAGCGUAGGAAUUAAAUGGCAAAAGUUGACAUUGGGAAUCGGUAAAAAUGAAAUUUCAGAAAAACUUUACAGUCUUAAACUAUUUGAACUAGCAUUAUCUAAAGAUAUAACUACAAUUCAAAAGACUGUGGAGAUAAUAGAGUUUGCUCAAACGAGACGCAUGAAUGUUAUUGAUAAUUUUGUAGGCGAAAGAAUCGCUUCCAAAAUAGGAAAUGAUCUGCGGAAGAUAAACAAUCGUGUGAACCAAAUCUUACAUUUUCAAACGAUUGGAAAGAAAGAUAUAAUAAGCUCGACCAGCCAAGCAUUGACAAGUAGAGAUAUAAAUAAAACUGAAAGAAAAUCAUUCCUACAGCGCAUAAAGAAACUUAUGAAAAAUUCAAAAAAAGAUAUAAAAGAUCUUUUACAUAAAGUAAAGAAAUCCAAUGUAAUGAAGCGUAUAGCGAAAAAGAAAAUGGAUGAAUUGACGUAUAAGAAGUUUUCUGAAUAUGAGGAAACUAUGCAAAGAUGGAAGAAUAAUUUGAAUGUUGUAACGCGAAGAAAAAGAAACGAUGGGUAUUUUCAAAAAUAUGUGAACCGUAUGAAGAAUAUCAUACCAAGUUACUUGAGAGGGAAAGUAAAGCCUGUUGUUAAGAAAAAGAUUAAUAAAAGUGAGACGCUUCAAAGUAAACAUCAAAACAAAGGUAAAAAAAAUAAUAAGAACAUCACUUCAACAACUCCUUUAAUAAAAUUGUCAACCAAAAGAAAACACAAAGGAAAACGUAGACACAGCCACAAUAAAAACGUACAACAAUCAAAGAGUACAACUCAAGUA